GACGCUCCGCUGGUGCAGCUCAGCCGCGCUGACGCGUCUCCUCCUCGUCCUCACCAUGGACAGCUUCGACUUUGCCCUGCUCCAGGAAUGGGACCUGGACUCCCUCUGUGUCUAUGAACCAGACAGAAAUGUUCUGCGGAGAAAAGAAUGGGAGAGGAGAAAUCAGGAGGCACAACAGGAAGAUGGUUCAUUUAAUACCAGUUACUCCCUCUUCAGUGAACCGUACAAGACUAACAAGGGGGAUGAGCUCUCAAAUCGUAUCCAGAAUACAUUAGGCAACUAUGAUGAAAUGAAGGACUUAUUGACGGAUCGAUCCAACCAGAGUCAUCUUGUUGGAGUUCCAAAACCUGGGAUUCAACAGGCACCUGUGAACAAAACUGAUGAACAUUUUAUUGUAGAUUCAAGACCACAGCCUCAGCCUUCCAUGUGCAGCACUUCAUCAUCCAUACCAGCAGCUCUAUCUGGUCAGCAAAGCAAGAGCCCCACAAUGGGUUGGCAGAAAUCUGGGCACAAUGCUUCUGAUGGCCAGCAGACGGCAAGCAAGCAUGGGCACAGAUUGCUUGAGUCACACAACAGUGACUUCAAAAUGGCUAACCAAAAAACCAGUCUGGAAAAGCUUAAACACUUUGCAUCAAGUCCCACCUCGUCAUCUGUCAGUGCUGCAAAACAAGGUACUUUAAGAUCCAUGCUUGGAGACAGUGUCAGCAAAGCACAGCAGCAGUCCAAAUUAAAUUGCAGUGUAGAAGCAGGAUCUCAGGCUCAAGAAAGGCCAGCAAAACCCAGCACUGGGCACUGUGUUCAGAACUUCCCUUCUUCGCUUGCUUCAAAGCCUAAUAUAAUUCAACAGAAACCAACGGCUUAUGUAAGACCAAUGGAUGGUCAAGAUCAGGCUCCUGAUGAGUCUCCAAAGCUAAAGUUAUCAGCAGAAGCUAACAAGCACUGUACAUCAUAUAGGGGAGUACCUUCUAAUAAGCCUGACCCAGCUAUGGCCAAGACCAAGAUGGCAAAAUUUAACGUUCCCAAGCAAGAAGAGGAGAGUGGAACAGGAGAUAACACCUGUAUUGAAGAAAUUUUGCGGGAGAUGACCCAUUCUUGGCCUCCACCACUCUCAGCUAUUCACACACCUGGAAAAGUGGAACAGAGCAAGUUUCCAUUUGCGAACAAGGAGUCGCAGCAGGUGUCUACAGGACACAGCAAUCCAAGUAAGCAAUGUUUCAGUGAAACCCUCCCUACAAUCCUAGAAGGCCUAGAAACAUCUGAUGCAGGGAAAGGUGAGGCUGAGCCAAAGAAUCCAGAAAACAGUGCAUCACAUACAUCAAUGCUAGAAGAUGACCUCAAGUUAAGUAGUGAUGAAGAAGAGAAUGAUCAGCAGGCAGCACAGAGAUCUGCUCUCCGCAUUCUGUCUGACAGCACUGUCGUGCCGCAGCCCAGUAGCAGAACCUCGGGACUCUCCAGCAAGAGGUCAAGUAGCAGCAGCUCCAGUGAAUCCGAGAGCAGUUCCGAAUCUGACUCAGAGAGUGAAAGCAGUUCCAGUGAGAGUGACGGCAGCAAGCCCUCUCAUUACUCCAGCCCAGAGCCUGAGCAGCCAUCAUCAAACAAGUGGCAGUUGGAUAAAUGGCUAAAUAAAGUUAAUCCUCACAAAACAUCUAUUCUUAACCAAAAUGAUAACCAUGGACUGGAGGGCAAUCAGUAUUACAGCAGCAUAAAGGAUGAAGGACAGGAGUGUGAGAAAAUACCAGCUAUUUGCCAAACUGAACUUAGAGACAAGGAAAUUAAGAACCCCAGCAAAGAGGAGUUGAGGCCUAGAACUGCUAAUAAAGCACCAGGAAAUAAAGGAGGGAAGCAGAAAUCACCUCCUACGGCUGCUGCUGUUUCUGGAGACAGUGGCCCUCAGAGAAGGACAACUUGUAAAAAACAGCCAAGAAGAGCAGAGAGGACCUCUGGUGGGGAUGCCUUGAACUGCCAUACAUCUGAGGAUCUCGCUUUGAGCCAAGUAUUUUUGGAAAAUAACAUCUGUGAACCACCUAAAGCCAGGGCCUGCAACAACAGAACUGGGCACAGAAAAGAGCCCCGCUCUGUCGCUGCAUGUGAAAAGAGACGUACCAGAGGGCCAAGCAAAACUGCACCCAAAUCCAAGGAAUUUAUCGAGACAGAGUCUUCGUCUUCAUCGUCUUCCUCAGAUUCAGCUUCAGAUUCCGAACAAGAAGAAUAUCUUCUGCCCAAAUCUCAAACUGUGGCCUCUGCUUCAGGUGGGAGUGAUCAGAGGUUGAAGGACAUUGUGAGCAGUAACACCAACAAAACUAACAGCAGCUGCAGUGCCUUUGGCUCCAUUAAUGCCAAGACUAGUAAUGAUAUAGCAAGGGAGCUGGAGGAACAGUUUUAUACUCUAGUUCCUUUUGGCAGGAACGAGCUCCUGUCUCCUCUGAAAGACAGUGAUGAGGUAAAAUCACUGUGGGUCAAAAUUGAUUUGACUCUUUUGUCCAGAAUUCCAGAGUGUUUACCAGAGGAGCCACUGGCAAUGAGCACUGGACCAAAAGAAGAAGCCAGCCUUCAGCAGAAUAAUUAUACUUACCCACCAGCAGAAAAGACUAUGCCAAAAUCUAGAAGGAAACGCAAGUGUGAAAAUGAAGAAGACAGGGAGAUCAAGAAGAGUCAUUUAGAGCGAGAGUGUUCUUCACGAUUAAUUGCCUCUGCCCCAGGUAUUUCAACAGCAAAUCAUUGCAACAGGAAUGAACAUAGCUUGGCGAUACCAAUAAAUAAAAAUGAGAAAAUGCUUCGGUCACCCAUCUCACCCCUCUCUGAUGCAUCAAAACACAAAUACUCCACUGAUGAUUUAACUUCUUCCAAUAGACCUAAUGGCAGCAGUCUAUUACCUUCCAUGUCCUCCAGCAAAAAACAUAAGAGUGAAAUCCAGCCACAGCCACAUUCUACGGACUGCAAUAAAGCAGUUCACAUCAAUUCAGAAAGUGUUCUCUGCAACAAGCCACACUCCCAAACAGAGCCUUGGCCAUCUUUAUCCAGGGCACACAAAGACUGCAGAAGAACAAAGCUCAUCUUUGAUGAUAUACCACGCAAUGCAGAUCACUUUAUGCAAGAAGCUAAACAGAAGAAGCAUAAAGCAGACGCGAUGGUGGAGAAAUUUGGAAAGGCACUGAAUUACGCUGAAGCAGCAUUAUCGUUUAUUGAAUGUGGAAAUGCUAUGGAACAAGGCCCCAUGGAAUCUAAAUCCCCUUAUACAAUGUAUUCAGAAACAGUUGAACUUAUCAGGUAUGCUGUGAGACUAAAAACCCACGCAGGCCCUAAUGCCACUCCAGAGGACAAACAGCUAGCAGCAUUAUGUUAUCGCUGUUUGGCACUUCUAUACUGGAGAAUGUUCCGACUCAAAAGAGACCACGCUGUAAAGUAUUCAAAAGCACUUAUUGAUUAUUUCAAGAAUUCUUCGAAAGCUGCCCAGGCUCCAUCUCCAUGGGGUGCCAGUGGAAAGAGCACAGGAACUCCAUCCCCCAUAUCUCCUAGCCCUUCUCCUGUCAGCUCUGUAGGAUCCCAAGGGAGCACUGGUGCCCCUUCCCCCUCUUCCACUAUCAGCAUUCCACAGCGUAUACAUCAGAUGGCAGCCAAUCACGUCAGUAUUACCAACAGCAUUCUGCACAGCUAUGACUACUGGGAGAUGGCUGACAAUCUAGCCAAGGAAAAUAGAGAGUUUUUUAAUGAGUUGGAUGCAUUGAUGGGACCUGUCACCCUACACAGCAGUAUGGAGCAUUUAGUUCAGUACACUCAACAAGGACUUCACUGGGUACGGAAUAGUGCUCACGCAAAAGACUGUGUGCCAUUCAAAUGUACUGCAUAAUCUCCCAUGGACAAUUCAGUUAUUCUGGACACUGUGCUACAGAAAUAAUCAACCAUAGCAUCCAAACAAAGGUGAAUAUUUCUUCAAUGUUGAACAACAUUUUUCAGAGUGUCGACAUGUAUGUGUGUAUGGAUAAUAUGCAGCUAUGUCUCUCCAUAGCAAUCUCCAAACAUUGUCAUACUCUAGACAGAAUUGACCACAGAUGUCUUAAUACACACACACAUUCCCUAUGCCUGUGCUUAGAAAAACUCAGAAACCAAAAUCUCAUGAGGUAAUUGAACUAAGUGCAAUAAACACAAUGGCUCCUAGUCAGGAAUGCACUUAAGUGUAUGUUUAACUUUAAGCAUGUGCUUAAAUGUAAUUGACUUCAGUAGAACUUAA